UAUGAGAAAGCCAGGGGCGUCCUGCGCAAAGGUGAUUGGUGCUCCGCCAUGGACUCAAGGACGCUGCCAAUAAAAGCACCUACUGCUCUGGGCUGGCCAGACACAGAGCUGAGGGUUGCCUUUGCCUGUGGGACUUGGGGAAAUGCUCAACCCUACUCCUCGCAACACACAUCUGUGAGCAGCAAAGAGAAACCAGACUCUGAGGAUGAAACAUCUUCCCCAAUUUCCUUCCGUCUUGGCCAUGUGCUGCUUCUGCACGAUACAGAUUCCCUCCUCAGGAUUCCCUCAACCUUUAGUCCAUCCUCCAGAUGGCUCAGACAUUGUGCAGCUUGAGCAGCUGGCAUACUGCCUGAAUAAGUGGAUGCUUUCUAAACAACCUAAGGAUAAUCACAACAUAUACAAAAGGUUUUUAUUUCACUAUUCCAGAACUCAGGAGCCAACACACCCAGUUAAAACCAGGUUUCCUCCUGUGCAUCCGUUAAUGCGCCUGGCUGCCAAGCUCGCCAGCAGGAGGAUGAAGAGAUUUCUGCAGCGAGAUUCAAGACUUGCUGCUGUGGACUUGACCAAGAAGGAUGCCACUGCCACCUUCGGACAGCCAUUCUUCCUUUUCAGGCCAAGGAAUGGAAGAAACACUGAAGUCAAGGCCCAGUGGAGUGUCCAAGGAUCCAAUAAUAAAGGAGAACUGGAUCCAAGGAGGUCAUGUGAUGAUUAUUUUGAGCAAAUGUCAAGUUUCUUCCUGUGAAAAAUAUUGAAAGCUAUUUCUCUUGCUCUAUAGCCUUUAGAAUAUUUAGUUGUAUGAAAAUAA